UUAGCAUUUCUUUGGCUUCAUUUACAGUAAUGUUGUUGAAUAUUCCUUGCAAUAUUUGGAGCCAUAGUUGUAUUUAAUCUACCUUACUUGAUUAGAAAAAUCUGCCUUACUUAGUACCUACCCAAAAUAAUCUAGAAUUUCAGCUCAAUUAGUGCCAAAAAUAGAGUUUGAUUAGUGAAAUACGCAAGCUAGCUCUCAGUCAACAAAGGCAUAUUGUAGUCCGAGCUCAAGACUUUUGCUGUGAUACAUGUGAAAUCACCAAUCGUAAUCUGAAUUUAGUUCAAAGCAGAGACAGGUCUUCUUCAAGCCCAAAUGAAGCUCCCAAAGUCCAAAACUCUAUGUAUUAUCAAAAGGGUGAAAGGGGGGAGGAUUUGAAGGGCUUCAAAACAAUAGGAUUUAGCCCACCUACGGCUUUGGGAGGAAAGGAGAAAGCUGUUAAUAUAUUUCACUCAAAAUCAAUGAAUGAUGAAAUGGGCAAAAGUGGCAUCUUAACCCAUUUUCAGAUGAUUUCCCAAUUCCAGGAAGUGGGUCAGUCUAAACUGCAUUCACAAGACAAAGGCAAAAGUGGGUCUUCGAUAAUUCAUGGUAUGGUCCGCUGCAAUGAUCCUCAUGCAGUUGCUCCUGUUUUUCGCCAAGGCUCCUUGCCUGAAAGUAAUCCAUUGCUUUUGAUCUUUGCCAAUCAUUUUGAUUCUGUUUUGGUUUUUAUAUGAAAAAUCUAUUCUCAAUAGCCCUUUUAAGUUCACAAAUUGAUGGUUCCAAAGUCCCAGAAAUGGCCUUGCUUUUUCCCCAAAUGAAUCAAAGUAGUAAUGACCAAGAUUGAAUCGGACAUAUGCAUGCAUGUCUGUCGAAAAACAUGGUGCAUGCCGCAGAUAUAUUCUGAUUGCCCGACUGGAGAAUGGAGAUAGAAGAAGGGAGAUCGUGCGAGUGAAAGAGAGAGAUUCUCCCAUCAAUUGUUAGCAAAUCCAUGCACCAAAAUUUACAGAGGAGAUCCCUUUUCCACCAGAGAAAGAUACCCUGCAUCAUCAUCAUCAUCAUGGCUUUUGUCUUGGCUUGCUUAGAUACAAGGUGCCACCAGAGAGAGAGAGAGAGAGAGAGAGAGAGAUGGAAUGGGGUGCUGUGCCUGGAGGGGAGAGUAACAAGAAACUAAAACUCAUGCAAGAUGAUGGUUCAAGUAGUUCUUCAGCAGGAAAGACAUCGAAGUUGGAGGCCCUAACGAAAGAGCUUGAGCAGAAAAAUUGUAAGAUUCAAGAGCUAAAGAGACAAAUUGAAGCAACUAAACAUCGUCUGGAAGGAAAGAAAAAAGUUCCAGAGGAGCAAAUGGAAGUGCUGAAGAGCUUGAUCAAGAAAUAUAAUAGCAUAAGAGAGGAACAUGAAGCAUUGUUGGCCAACAAGUCUAGGAAUAUAUAUUAUAAGUAAACAAAGGCAGCCAUGCAUCUUAGUUAGCUCCAAUCUAAUUAAGGAUCGAUGCUGAUCCAAUGUUUUUCAUAAACUUGGUUGCAAAAAUUAGUGGAUGUUAUGUGAGGAAAUAUCAAUAUAUGAUGCUAAUCCCUGCA